UGAGGCUGAUCUCUCCUUUACUCUCUUUCGCUCUCUCAUACUAGCAACAUGGCUGCUGACAUUGUGCUGCUUGCUGCUGUUUCUCUGCUGUCUGCCUGCCAGCUAGGUAAGAUCUGUACUCUGUUGGGCCAAUGGCCAAUGACCAUGAUGUGUGCCAGAGCGUAUUUUGCCAACCUGGUGGGAAAAUGUAGAAUGAAGCACAAGGUGAUACCUCCUGCUGUCAAUGGGCCUCCAGAGUUCGAGAGAACCUUCAGAGCACAACAAAACUGUAUUGAGUUCUAUGGGCUAUUUUUGAUUGACCUUUGGACUGCGGGUUUCUUCUUUAACCAAGAAAUAGCAUCGCUGUUUGGCUUAUUGUACAUUUAUGGCCGUCAUGUGUAUUUUUUUGGCUAUUCGCAGUCUGCUAGGGGCAGGCUCCAUGGAUUUUCUUUGUGCAGGUGGGCAUUGAUAUUUCUACUGGCCAUGUCUGCAACUGGAGUCACCAACAGUCUAAUAGACAAGUACCUCCAUCUGAACCUGCUGAAAAAAGUACAGCACUUGACAUUAGGAUAAAAGAAGAAGACAUAUUAUUACUAACAUUUUUGUAAAUAAUUUGUAUCAUAUUUUUUACAGUGAGCAAGUAGAAGUUAUAUUGGAAAAGGCAGGGCAAUAGUGCAACUGCAUUUAUUAGUUCCUACUGUAAAAAAAAAUGGAAGAAGGCAAUACAUAUUAUGCAUCAAGAAUGCAUAAAUCUUUUCAACGAAGCACUGACAGCAAAAAGGAAACCCCUAUCAGGAGUUUUAACUGUUCCAUACUCUAGUCCAGGAAUCUUCAAACUACGGCCUUCAAACUGUUGCAGAACUUCACGUCCCAUGAGGCAUUGUAAAGCUCUGACAUUCACAGACAUGACUAGGCAUGAUGGGAAUUGUAGUUCCUGAACAACUGGGGGGCCAUAGUUUAAAGACCCUGCUCUAGUCUAUUCAAACUGAAAAAAGGUUUUGGCUUUAGACAGGGGCGCUGUUAGAAAUCAUGGGGCCCUGUACAGCCUACCCGGCGGGGCCCCAUUUAACCUCGUCCUCGACCCCACCCCAGGCUCCUCCCAUGACCCAACCUCUGCAGAUUUGUCACUGUUUACAUAUGCACGCAUGCUGUGUCCCAGGAACUAGAUGUUGCUGCUCACAUCUUUAAUGGGACCCCUGAUUGCAUGGGAGAGCUCAGUAAAGGUGAUGGAGGGACAGUGGUGGAACCCCCUUCCACUGCCUGUAAAAGUAAUCCAGGGGCUUCUUAGCCACUAGGAUUUCUUUUACUUUGUGCAGACCAGUUGGGGCUAAAAAAUGAUAUCUUGAUCAUUGCUGCAGCGAUGACCAAGAUAUCACCCUUCCAAUCCAGCAAUGUACCAGUACUUUGCCAGACAGGAAGUGGUUAAAGUGGGUGGUUGGGGGGAGCAUGUUUACCCCCCCCCCAAACACAAGUGUAGAGUAGCAUCUCACUGCGUCUUAUGAUUAUCAGCAUUAUGAAAAUUGCGCAUGGGCUCUGUCAUGGAUCUCACAGUGUCACUUGGCUUUUGGUUGCUGACUUUGUUAACUUAUGGCUGUAUUGUGUGUUGCAAACUAUAACCCAGUACAGCCAUAACAAAGUAAGCACCAAACAGCAAUAGGACACACUGACUGUAACAGAUCCAUGACAGAACACAUGCUGACUGUGCUGCCUGUGUGAGUAUCACAAUGCUCAUUAAUAUGACCUGCUAUGCUGUGUGUAAGCCUAAGUGAGACACAGUGAAGGAUUCUAUCUUGUGUGCAACACUCACUGUGUGCAGUGCAUGUGCAGCCACGUGUUGCUGUCCUCCAGGUUUUUGCUCCCUCUCAUCCAUUGAGCCGCCUGUCACCUCACCUGAGUCUUGGCAGUCGACACAUGAAAACAGGAGGUGGAGCUAAGCAGAGCCUCGUAUCACUCCGCCAGGAAGGCAGUGGGCAGCGGAC